GCUCUUUAACUCCAGUGCCCCUCUAGCUCACCAAGCUCCAGGUGAAGGAGAAGGAGGUUAAGUAAGGAGAUCUUUAUACCAUGACCGGUACAAAGCAGAUUACCUGCAAAUCCAUCAGUGGUAAAGCACCCAGGAAGCAACUGGCUACAAAAGCCACUCACAAUAGUGCGCCCUCUACUGGAGGGGUGAAGAAACCUCAUCAUUACAGGCCUGGUACUGUGGCUCUCCGUGAAAUUAGAUAUUUUCAGAAGUCCACUGAACUUCUGAUUUGCAAACUUCCUUUCCAGCGUCUGGUGCGAGAAAUUGCUCAGAACUUCAAAACAGAUCUGCGCUUUCAGAGCGCAGCUAUUGGUGCUUUACAGGAGGCAAUUGAGGCCUAUCUAGUUGGCAUUUUUGACACCAGCCUGUGUGCUAUCCAUGCCAAACGUGUUACAAUUAUGCCAAAAGACAUCCAGCUAGCACGCAGCAUACGUGGAGAACGUGCAUAAGAAUCCACUAUG